AUGCUCGCCGAGGGACAUCGUGUCGACCGCCUCGACCGCGAGCGCGUUUGGCGCAUCUGGCGUCGUCACGACGCGCUCAAGCCCCGUUACUCGGUCUUGCGCUCGACCGGCGCCGACGAGAUCCGCCUGUCGGUCCCGUCGUGGUCCAACUUCCGCCUUUUGCCGAGCGUCGAACCCCUGUGGCUGCCCGAGGGCGACGUCGUGUCGGACGAGCAGUGGCAGGCCGCCCUCCCGUCCAUCCUCGCCGACCUCGCCACGGCGCGCCGGGUCCUCAAGGUCGCCUACGCGCGUCGCGUUGUCGAGCCGCUCGUCAAGGCCGGCGCCCUGACCGACAGCAGCCUCGCCGACGCGCUCAAGGCGUCCAAGCGGCCGCUCAAGCCGACCGGCGCCCUCUUCGACGAGACCGACUUUGGCGACUAUGAACGGGUCCACCGCCACUUCAGCCGCAUGUACAUGGACGGGCCUGUCGGCUUCCUCGACCUUGGCGACAAGGCCGACGGCGUCGACGAGCUCGAGCUCGACGCGCUCUUGUCGCAGGCGGUCGCGACCUUCGUCCACGUCGGCUCGAGCGGGCAGGCGACGCUCGUCCCGUUCCCCGACAUCGUGCCCAUGCUCGACAAGUACGGCUCACGCCCAGAGGCGGUCGACGACGGUCAGCUCGAGACGCCGUCGGUCCAGUUCAUUCAGCAGCAGCUCGACGUCCUCGAGCGCGCCGGCCUGCCCAACCACCGCUCGAGCGUCGCCGAGCUCGAGGCGCUCGGCCCUGUCUUCGAGUGCCACGGCUGCGGCGUCGCAGCGCCCGCCGCCUCGGACGGCGUCAAGAGCAGCUCUCUAUGCUGGAGCGAGAUGCUUCGCCACGCCUGCACGGUCCACCGCGACUUCUACGCCGCCUCGGGCGAGCACCUCCCGAGCGCCGUCCCCGAGAUCCGCCUGUCGACCUCGACGUACCCGCCCGAUUCGCCCGUCCCUCCUCCUGCGUCCUCGACAACCGCCGUUGCCGACGUCGCCACCGCCUGA